AUGGCGACGAGCAAGUAUGGCAACCUCUCCAUGCGCAACAUCAUGAUCCGCAAGAAGCUCGAGGAGCGCAAGCGCUUCGACUCGGCCGACUACGCCAUGCAGAAGGCCGGCAAGCCUGCGCUCGAGAUCGCGACCGCCCUCGAGAGCCCGCGGGCGGCCGACGUCCUGUCGCCAGCGCACCUGGGCAUGAUGGCGUUCCGCAACAGCAUGGUCGACACGGACAUGGCGGCCGAGCCGGGCAUGACGCUGUCGCCGGCGGGCCGCCAAACGAGCGUGGCGAAGGAUGUCCCGUCCAAGUACGGCGCGCUCACGGCGCGCAACAUCAUCUUGCGGCGAAAGCUCACGGACCGCACCAAGUUUGACUCGGCCGACUACCAGCUCAAGAAGCUCGGCGUCACGACCGACGUGAUUGGCACGGACCAGGUCGACGUCGAUAUGACGGCGGACGACGACCAAGACGUCGACAUGGGCGGCGGCGCGACCAUGUCGCCUCGCGUGACGAUGGCCAAGCCCCAGUCGCCGCGCCCCAUGUCCCCCGCGAUGCCUACGAGUCCAUCCAACAAGUAUGGCAAGAUGUGCGCGGCCAACAUUUUGAUCCGGAAGAAGCUCAAGGAGCGAAAGCGCUUCGACUCGGCCGACUACUCGAUGGAGCGCCAAGGCAAGAAGAAGGCGUCAAUGGAAGACGCGACCCCUGUACCGUACCUCCAGGCAACCGCCCUGGACACCGCCGACUCGGACGUGCACUCGCCCGUGACCAAGCAAAUGAAGCUCACGUCGAUCGACGCUACAUCCGAGUAUUCGACCGCGAGCCGGGUCGCGGGCCGGAAUCUCUUUUUACAGCGAAAGCUGCCCGAGCACUUCAAGCCGUCGCAUUAG